GGGGGACACGGCACCGUGCCGCCCGCCCGGCGGUGCCCAGGGGUGAGGGGAAGGGUACCCGCAUCCCCUUCGGGCCCUCAGCCGCCCCGGGGCGGCCCCAGCCGGCUCCUCCCUCCGCCGCGAUCCGCGGCUCCCUCACAGCGUCUGGAACGCUCCCGGGCCGAAACCUUCUUGCCAGCUGUGCGCCGAGUGCCUCCAAAAUCUGGGGCGGAGGCACUUGAUGCUGCCUGUUUAACCACCUUUGUUUAAACUGCACUUUGUCAGCGUUAUCGGACGUAUUUUCUUCCUGUUUUGCCUCGCUAUUUUUCACCUAUUAAAUAACGCAAUGUACCGUAGCCGAAGCGCGGGGGAGCAUCGCUGCUGCGGUGCCCUGGUGGCAGUGGGCUCUGGAGGCGGUGAUGCUCCAGCCGGAGCGCUGUGGAAGCAGCAGCAUCCCGCAGGAGCCGGCAUCGCUCCGGGAAGCGAUGAGCGCCCGCUGGGUUAUUCCAACAGCGCUAACGAGGAGGAGGCAGCGCCGCUUUGCCCCGCAGUGUCACGGAUGCAAGCCCGGGACUGAUGUGUUCUAAAUGUUAACUGGUCCUAGAGGAAUCAGAACUGCAUGAUCAAAGUGUCAGGAGCAUUUUUUACUCUGAAAACAUUGCUGCUAAAAAACUCCAAACCGGAGAAGUAAAUCCAGUCAGCUUGUCAGGUCACUGGCUCAGUGUAACGGUGCUUUCAUGAGGUGACGUUGGGCCAAAGUCAACUUCUCUUUCUCCUUUGUAAACCUGCAGCCAAGCAAUGGGCCAGAAAAUCUCAGGGAGCAUAAAGUCUGUGGAUGUGAGGGAGCCCCCUUAUAGACCCGUGAAACGAGAGCUGAGAGGCCCGGAUUUCUGCAAGCCCGCGCGCCUGGACAUGCUGUUGGAUAUGCCCCCUGCCAAGCUGGAGGUCCAGUACAAACACGCUUGGAAUAACGAAGAUCGCUCGUUAAAUAUAUUUGUAAAGGAGGACGAUAAACUGACUUUUCACAGACACCCGGUGGCCCAAAGCACAGAUUGCAUCCGGGGCAAGGUGGGCUACACGCGGGGCCUGCACGUGUGGCAGAUCCACUGGCCCACGAGGCAGCGGGGGACUCACGCCGUGGUGGGCGUCUCCACGGCCGACGCGCCACUGCACUCGGUGGGAUACACGUCCUUGGUUGGUAGCAAUAGUGAAUCCUGGGGCUGGGAUCUGGGGCGCAACAAACUCUACCACAACUGUAAAAACCAGCCUGGGCUCACGUACCCUGUCUUUUUGGAACCAGAUGAGUCUUUUGUACUCCCAGACUCCUUGCUGGUGGUUUUGGAUAUGGAUGAAGGGACGCUUAGCUUCAUGGUCGAUGGACAGUAUCUUGGAGUGGCCUUCAGGGGACUAAAAGGGAAAAAACUUUACCCCAUAGUCAGUGCAGUUUGGGGGCACUGUGAAAUUACAAUGAGAUACAUCAACGGACUUGACCCGGAACCCCUGCCUUUAAUGGACUUGUGCCGAAGAUCAAUUCGUUUUGCUCUUGGCAGAGACCGCCUGCAUGACAUAGAAAUUCUACCUUUGCCUCUGUCUCUGAAAAAUUAUUUACAGUACCAAUAAGACAUCUAGAACCCUCUGGCCUCACAUUGGACUUCAUCAAUGCAAAUGGCAGAAAAUUGUUUACAGCGAAAUAUAAAUCUUUGUGAUGGACACUUAAGUGUUAUUUAAUUUUUAAUGUAUAUUUUUUUUCUGAACCGGUGAAAGCAAAUUACUGUGGGGGAGCUACUAAAGAAUGUGAAAACAUUGAUUUGAUUGAGGUUCAUGUGUUACCUGUUUCCUGUUGUGUUUACAGUCCUGAAGGCUAUAAUUCUCAUCUCUUAUACAUUGAUUUGUUUAUCUUUGUUGCCUCUGGUAAAUGCCAAUAGAAAAUCUUGCCUGCAAGAUUCACUGUCAUGCAGGCAGAGCAUUUUUCAAUAUUAUGAUUUUCAUUUUUCUUUCUCUCUCCUAUACUUUACUCCAAUAAAUAAAAAUAAAUUAUCAAAGGAAAAGUCUUGACAGUAACUUUUGAAAAAUAUUUAAACCUCGGUAUGCAGAGUUGUUGAGAGUUCUGCAUGUUCAGUGCUCAACAUAAUUAGGCCUAUAAUACCUAAAAGUUCUAAUGUUUAAUAAAAGCAGAUUAUUGUCUAGAAGAAGAGAAUGUGGUUUAAAAACAUGAGAAGAAACAAACAGUUCAUGUGUCAGGUCAGUUUUUGGACUUGGUAACAGUAAGUUGCAGUUUGUUGUUUUCAAAGACCAAAUCUAGUCCCUCCAAAGUUCUGCAGUUUAUAACAAAAGUGUUCAUUGUCCCAAGAAUUUAGUAUAUUCAUAUUUUAGGAAGCUUGUCACUUCCCCCUUUUUUUUUUUAAACAAAUUCAUAAUUUUUACGUGGUAUGAACUCUAAGUACUUUGUUUUCUUUUUAAUGUAUGUGUGAUUAUAAUGUUUAUUUAUCUGUUUAGUGUCUGGAGUUCUCAUUUAACUGUUUCCCAUCUUGGGGUGACUGAUUCUUUUUUCUUCCCCCUCUCCAUCUGAAAUGUGUCAGUUUUUCAGGCUCAUCCCUUUUUUUAAAGAUGCUGCUUUCUGUUUGCGUUUCUUACGUGUUUCAAGUUAUCUGCCUGAAUCAGUUAUCUAGUUUUUAAACUGGAAGUUGUUGUUACAGCAGAAUGUCAAAUGUUUAGACAGAGCUGCCUUCAGCAUAUUUUAAUGUGAAUUUACUGAUGAAUGAGGAGAAAAUUUCUAAUAAAGUCUACUGUCCAAAGUAAAACUCC